AUUCGAUUUCUCACACAGAAGCCUUCGCGUGAAUCUUGCCUCGUCGGACCUCGUUCAGCGCACAGUCGUGGGGCAAGCAUGGUUGCAAAGUGUCCGGCUGACAACAGCCAGUCGCUGGAGCAGGAGAACUUCUGGGACGGCCACUGGGAUGCGCACAAGGUUGGCUGGCUCAUCUCGGGCUGUGCGGCGGCCGUGACGUGCGGGAUUGCCCUGAUCACCAUCCUCGGGCACGCGCGCAACUACACGCGGCCGCUGGAGCAGCGCCAGAUCAUCCGUGUGCUCCUCUUUGCGCCCGUCUUUGCCGUCGUCAGCUUCCUCAGCUACCGCUUCUUCCGCUCUUACACCUACUACGAGCUCGCCGAGGUCGUCUACGAAGCAUUUGCGAUUGCUGCCUUUCUCAUGCUCAUGCUUCAGUACAUUGGCGACAACGUCGACGAGCAGAAGCAGGUCUUUAUCAGCAAGGACAAGAAGCCGCUUCCGCUGCCGUUUUGCUGCCUGCGCUACCGUCCCUCCAAGGCCUACUUUCUCGUCCUCCUCAAGUGGUCUGUCGUCCAGUACGUCAUUAUCCGCCCCGCCCUGUCUGUCGCAGGCAUCGUGACCGAGUACUACGAGGUGCUGUGCCAGUCGAGUCUGAGCUACCAAUACGCCUAUGUCUAUAUCCUGGGCAUCGACUUUGUCUCGAUUUCCAUCGCCCUCUACGGCCUCAUUGUCCUCUACGCGCUCAUUCGGCAGGAUCUUAAGGGCCGAAGACCGCUGGCCAAGUUCAUGACGAUCAAGCUCGGCAUCUUUUUGAUCUUCUACCAGGGCUUUGUCUUUUCCAUCCUCGCCGACCGCGGCGUCAUCAAGGCGACCGAGUACUGGACAAAGACAAACAUCAGUGAUGGUCUGAAUGCGCUCUGCACCUCGCUCGAAAUGGUGCUCAUUGCUGCGCUGCAGAUGUGGGCCUUUCACUGGGGCGAGUACAAGAUGGAGAACCUGGGCAGGGACCGAGUGCAGGGCAAGGUCAACCAGAACGGCAAGUCGUCGAUCUUUUUCUCCCUAGUCCACGCCUUCAACUUUUCCGACUAUGCCGUCGAGCUGUGGCACGAGGUGCGCUUUCUCGUCGAUCGCAUCCGCGGCAAGCCCUACACGCGCGAGGACGCCCGCUUCGGCAAGUUUGACUUUGUCCAGGCCUUUGACGCCGACGACGCGCGCGACUUUGGCAGCCGGCGCAGCAUGCGCUCCAUCGACAGCCGCAUGGAGCUGCGCGAGAUGGAGAACAAGGUCGACGAGUCCAUGGCCGUCGCCCGGGGCCAGGGUGGCGAGGGCCGCUUCGAUGGGCACUACGCCACGGGCAACCAGGCUCGUGCCAAUGGCGACAGCGUCGAUGACGAUGCGACGCUCGGACGAGACAACGCACCCAUGCGCAGCGGCAUUCCGGAGCGCCUUAGCCUCGGCCUCACGCCUGGCCUGAGCGUCGACAGGGGUGGCCGCAUCUCGCCCAAGCCGCGCAGUCCGCGGGACAGCACCGGCCGCUACCCUACUUUCCUCUACGAGGCCGACGCUUCAUCCAACAGUGAUGCUCAGUACGGCAGACGAAGCCCCGGAGGCGCUGCUGGCGGCGGCGGCGGCGGCGGCGGCGCAGGCGCAGGCGGAUACCGCGUCGCUGGCUUUCCCAUGUUGCAGGAGGAAGCCGCGUCACCGCCGUCGCCAUCCCUCUCGACGUCGACACCGCCACGCCAGGCUCCUCUUUAUCUACAGCAGCAGCAGGUACAACAACAACAACAACAACAACAGCAGCAGCAGCAGCAGCAGCAGCAGCAACAACAACAACACCACCUGCAACCGCCGCUUGCACAUGCUCGCCAACACCCUCAGCAAGAGAUGGACAUGACCGACGAAGCCAGCCAGGUCCCCCUCGAGCCAAACGAGGACCGGCCGAGGAGCUGGGAGCCGCAGGCAUUCUGACGGGUCAAGGCACAUCCCUAUACAGAUUCCGAUCCAUCAUUCAUUUAGUCCAAUCAUUACUGCACAAGAUACCCGCCGGUUGCCGCUCCUUUCCGCCCCCCUGCUGUAGCUGCUUAAUUGACACAACCCGCUGCUUCCCGCAUCACAUCACUCCAAAAAGAAAAAUGUUUACUGCACUAUUUAUUC